CUCCGGCAGUCUGCAGCUCAGAAUCCCGCAAACACACUCAAACACACACCCACACACACAGUCAGUCAGUCACUCACACACACACACAAUUCCUGAUGCAGCAGGACAGUCUCAGUCUCCACAGCAGAAGAAAAGGCUCUCGCGAUGGAUUAUAUUUGUCAUCUGUUGCUGUGCUGUGCGCUAAACCUGUUGUUUGUGGAGGUCAGAGCCGCUGCUGGAGCUCGCGGGAGUCUCUCGGGUAAGUUGAGUGAGUUUGGUCUGAUGGUGCCGUCCAGCACGGACGCUCGUGGACGCUUUGUUUCUCACGUGCUGUCAGCGAGCAGCAGCAGGACGCGGGUUCGACGGGACGCCUCCAUCACGCCUCCACAGCAGAUCUUCUUCAACGUGACGGUGUUUGGGAAGGAGCUGCACUUGCGGCUGAGGGCCAACAGGGGGCUGGUGGGGCCCGGAGCCACGAUCCAGCUGCAGGAGGACUUCCAGGAACAGAGCAGAGAGCGCAUACUGGGAGACUGUGUGUUCACUGGAGACGUCACACACAUGCGGAGCGCAGCCGUGGCUAUCAGCAACUGUGAUGGACUGGCGGGCUUGAUUCGCACUGAUGAUGAGGAGUUCUUCAUCGAGCCGCUAGAGAAAGGUCAGCAGGAGGUCGAGGUCAAAGGUCGUGUUCAUGUGGUCUACAGGAGGUCGGCCAUUAAAAGGGACAAAGAUCAAAGGCCAGACGAGCUCCACAAUGAAGUGACUGACUUCGGUAUCGCCGAGCUGCCGAACGCUCUCAGUAUUUUGGAGGAGAAAUUAUCAGAGACGGAGCGCAAACGCAGACACGCAAAAAAAGAUGACUACAACAUCGAAGUGCUGCUUGCGGUGGAUGACUCGGUGGUUCGCUUUCAUGGAAAAGAGCACGUGCAAAACUACGUCCUGACGCUCAUGAACAUAGUUGAUGAAAUCUACCAUGAUGAAUCUCUGGGAACAAACAUCAACAUUGUGCUGGUCCGCAUGAUCCUGGUGGGAUAUCGACAGUCUAUCAGUCUGAUCGAGCGUGGGAACCCGUCCCGCAGUCUGGAGCAGGUGUGCCGCUGGGCGAACUCUCAGCAGAAGCAGGACCCGCAGCACGCCGAGCACCACGAUCACGCCGUUUUCCUCACCAGGCAAGACUUUGGUCCUGCAGGUAUGCAAGGUUACGCCCCGGUGACAGGCAUGUGCCACCCGCUGCGCAGCUGCACCCUCAACCACGAGGAUGGAUUCUCCUCUGCGUUUGUGGUGGCGCACGAAACCGGACACGUGCUGGGAAUGGAGCAUGAUGGGCAAGGGAACCGCUGUUCAGAUGAGACCAGUAUGGGCAGCAUUAUGGCUCCGCUGGUCCAGGCUGCGUUUCACCGAUAUCACUGGUCCCGCUGCAGCAAGCAGGAGCUCAACCGAUAUAUACACUCGUAUGACUGUCUUCUAGAUGACCCAUUCGAGCUGAAAUGGCCCAAACUCACCGAACUCCCCGGCAUUAAUUACUCCAUGGACGAGCAGUGCCGCUUUGACUUCGGUGUGGGAUAUAAGAUGUGCACGGCUUUUCGUACGUAUGACCCAUGUAAGCAGCUGUGGUGCAGUCAUCCGGAUAAUCAGUACUUCUGUAAGACCAAGAAGGGUCCGCCGGUAGACGGGACGGAAUGCGCGCCGGGAAAGUGGUGUUUUAAGGGUCACUGUAUCUGGCGAUCGUCUCAUCAGCUCUACGGUCACGACGGCGGCUGGAGCUCAUGGGGGAAACUCAGCUCAUGCUCACGCUCAUGUGGAGGCGGCGUUCGCUCGCGCACGAGACACUGCAACAACCCUGUUCCAGCAUAUGGUGGUCGUGAGUGUCCCGGCUCAGCGUUUGAUUAUCAGCUGUGUAACACUGAGGAGUGUCCCGGCCCGUAUGAGGACUUCCGAGCGCAGCAGUGUGUUCAACGCAGCAACAAAUACCAUAACAACAUCAAACACACAUGGCUGCCCUACGAACACCCAGACGAUGCUCAUAAGUGUGAGCUCAGCUGCCGCUCCAAGGAAACAGGUGAAAUCGUCUUCAUGAAUCAGGUGAUGCACGAUGGGACGCGCUGCAGUUACACAGACCCGUUCAGUGUGUGUGCCAGAGGAGAAUGCCUGCAUGUGGGCUGUGAUAAAGAGGUGGGAUCCUACAAACAGGAAGAUAAAUGUGGAGUGUGUGAAGGAGACAACUCACACUGCCGUACUGUCAAGCUCACACUCACCAAAACACCCAAGAAGACAGGGCUGCUGAAGAUGUUUGAUAUUCCUGCGGGCGCUCGGCACAUGGUGAUCGAGGAGAACGACACCUCGCCGCAUGUAAUCGCCGUCAAAAAUCAGGUCACUGGAAAUUUCAUCUUGAACGCCAAGGGAGAAGAAAUCACGUCUAAGAGCUUCAUAGAGAACGGCCAGGAGUGGGAAUAUUCAGUGUCUGACGGCAGAGAAACACUGAAGAGUGUCGGACCGCUGCAUGAAGCCAUCGUUGUGCUGGUCGUCCCGCAGGCCGAAGACACCAAGAUCAGUCUGAGCUACAAAUAUAUAAUUCAUGAAGAUCUGCUGCCGGUCAUCACUAAUAAUAACGUCCUGCUGGCCGAGCUGGACACCUACGAGUGGGCAUUGAAGAGCUGGUCACAGUGCUCAAAAACCUGUGGUGGAGGUGUCCAGUACACCAAAUACGGCUGUCGGAGGAAAAGCGAUGCACGUUUGGUGCACAGGAACUUCUGUGAGGUCAGCAAGAAGCCCAAACCCAUCCGCAAACGCUGCAACACCAACAGCUGCAGCCAGCCAUUGUGGGUGCUGGAAGAGUGGGGUGCGUGCAGUAAGUCGUGUGGUAAUCAGGGUUUCCAGACUCGUGUGGUUCAGUGUAUGCAGCCGCUGCACAACAACACCAGCAGAGCCGUUCAUGCCAAAUACUGCACUGAGGAGAAACCACUGACACGCAGAGCCUGCAACGCCAGCGCAUGCCCGUCACAGUGGAGGACCGGCGCAUGGUCACAGUGUUCAGUCAGCUGUGGUGAAGGGAUCCGGCAGCGGCAGGUGAUCUGCAGACCCGCUGACAGCAGUUCAGCUCCGUGUGACGCAAAUAAACCUGAAAAUGUGUCCAUCUGCAGACUUCAACCCUGCACAGGAGCGCCGACUCUGCCCACUCCCACUAAUGUUUCUCUAGGUAAUUCCACCACCGAGGAAGAGAAACUUCCAGAAAACACCCUGGAUAAAAUGUCCAAUGAGCCGUGUCUGGGCGAUAAGUCGAUUUUCUGCCAGAUGGAGGUUUUGGCGCGUUAUUGCUCCAUCCCCGGCUAUCAGAAGCUCUGCUGCGAAUCCUGCAACCGGAAGAUGAGUUUCAGUACGGUUUCUCCAGAUCUGCAUCCGCCGUUCUCCUGGCUCCCGGACUUCACUUUCCCAUCUCUGACUCCCUCCGCUACGGAUUCACCACAAUAUUCGACUUCUUCAAAUGUUCACUCUUUAACCGCGGCGCCGGAGAGCCGAACGCAAACCUUCAGUUUCGCGGAUUCUCAAAAACACAACACCUCAGACACGAACAGCAGCUCCACACUCACAUGAGCACACAAACUGCAUUACCCACAAUCCUCUGCAAACGGUGCUGUCGGUCUGACGUGUUGUUUUGGACACGCGUGUUUUCGGUGUUAUUUUGAGUCUCAUUUUUCUACACAUUUAACACAGUUUUCAGUAAUGUGUUACACUACUUUAAAGUAACUACAUGUGUUAGUUACUUUUUAAGAAAAGUAAUGUUAUGUUACUUUUGUUACUUUUUAAAAGUAACUAAAUGUCUUAGAGGUUUUUAUUAGAAAUGUAUUACAUUACUAUUGUGUUAUACAUUAUGUAAAAAGUAACUAAAUGCGUUAGUUAUUUUUGAGUAAUAUGUCAUGCUGUGUCCACACCAGAUGCGGCACGCAUGGAUAAAUUGUGCGUAAAUAGACAGGUGAACAUUUUGAGUUUACUCACUUCAUUCGCACGUCAAAUUCACCUCACAAUAGACGUGGAUUCGCAUCAUGGACGGGGCAUCUGUCUGCACGGUGACUCUAGCUUCAUUGCUAAAUGGCUAACAUGGAUUUUAUUGAGAGAGUAGCUGUGUUUCUGUGCUCUAGGAAGGCUGAAAAACUGUAUAUUCGUUCGGCGCCGUGUCGGAGUCCACUAGAUCCUUUCAGAGGUGCAGCCAGCUCUGUGAGUUCAUCAACUCCUCCAAUAAACUGUACCUGGAUGGUGGAAGAUUACAGCAGUGCUUCAGACUGAACCGAGCCCAGUUUGAUGAGCUGUUGUCCAGUGUCGGCAAGAGGAUUUCCCCCUGGGACACCAACAACAGGCACUACGUCAUAAUCACGCCACUACAAGAGCAAGCUCCUGAUUGGUUAACGUAGCACGAAUGUCCACUGAAGUUCAGAUUUUCCAGCUCGAGCGAAAUGUGCGAUACGCGAGUGUGUUAAGUGCGUCAGACUCACAAAACGCUCAAUGCGUGCCGCUUUAUUUGUGCUAAAUUCGCUACAGGAUGUUUAUUUGCGUCUUUGCAUUGACUUAACAUGUCAAUCACUCGCGCUUGAUACUUCAUGUGUCUGGUGUAAACACAGCAUUACGUUUCGCAUUACUUUAGACAUGCAUGUUUUCGUCUGGUGUUAUUUUGAGUUGCUGUUGAGGGUCAGUGUUGGGGAAAAUUACUUUGAAAAGUAAUGCAUUACGAUCAUGCGUUAUUUUUAAAAAGUUACUUUUUUUAG